GCCAGGGGAAAAAAUGUGAGGCAAUUGGCUGCUACUGCAGAGAGAGAAGACAGCUGAGGCUGAGACCUUGCAGGAGCUGCUUCGCCUCACUGUGGUGGACCCCAGAGAGACAGAAGAAGCCUGAAAUGGACGACAAUAUGGAUACCAAAUCCAUUCUAGAAGAACUGCUUCUCAAAAGGUCACAGCAAAAGAAGAAAAUGUCACCCAAUAAUUACAAGGAGCGCCUUUUUGUUUUAACCAAAACAAGCCUUUCCUACUACGAAUAUGACAAAAUGAAACGAGGAAGCCGAAAAGGAUCGAUAGAAAUUAAGAAAAUCAGAUGUGUGGAAAAAGUCAACCUAGAGGAGCAGACCCCCGUGGAGAGACAGUACCCAUUUCAGAUUGUGUAUAAAGAUGGGCUUCUCUACGUCUAUGCCUCAAACGAAGACAGCCGAAGUCAGUGGUUGAAAGCACUGAAGAAAGAGAUACGGGGCAACCCCCACCUGCUGAUCAAGUACCACAGUGGCUUCUUCGUGGACGGGAAGUUCCUGUGCUGCCAGCAGAGCUGCAAAGCAGCCCCGGGAUGCACUCUCUGGGAAGCAUAUGCUGAUCUGCACAUUGCAAUUAGUGAGGAGAAACACAGAGCCCCUACUUUCCCAGAGAGGGUACUGAAGAUUCCUCGGGUGGUUCCUGUUCUCAAAAUGGAUACGUCAUCCUCAAGUGCCACUCCGCCUCAAAAUGACAGCCACUCAAAGAAAAGUUAUGGCUCCCAGCCAACCAUCAACAUACGCUAUAUUCCAAGGGAAGACUGCCCUGACUGGUGGCAAGUAAGAAAACUGAAAAGCAAAUGCCUCACUGUUCCAAUGAUGCAGCCACAGGGUCAUGUGGAACCUGAAAGAAUUGAGGAAGAUGCUGCCAGCAGUCACCACGAGGAAAGAAAUAUUGUAUAUCACAACACCUCAAAGAUGUCCUGGGGAUUCCCUGAGUCAAGUUCAUCUGAAGAGGAGGAAAAUCUGGAUGAUUAUGACUGGUUUGCUGGGAAUAUCUCCAGGUCACAAUCUGAGCAAUUACUGAGACAAAAGGGAAAAGAAGGAGCCUUUAUGGUGAGAAAUUCCAGCCAGGCGGGAAUGUACACCGUGUCCUUAUUUAGUAAGGCUGUGAAUGAUAAAAAAGGAACUGUCAAACAUUACCAUGUGCAUACUAAUGCCGAGAAUAAGCUCUACCUGGCCGAGAACUACUGCUUCGAUUCCAUCUCAAAGCUCAUACACUAUCACCAGCACAACUCAGCAGGCAUGAUCACACGGCUCCGCCACCCAGUGUCAACCAAGGCCAACAAGGUCCCGAUGUCUGUGGCUCUGGGAAGUGGAGUUUGGGAACUGAAACGAGAAGAGAUCGCCCUGUUGAAGGAGCUGGGAAGUGGCCAGUUUGGAGUGGUCCAGUUGGGCAAGUGGAAGGGGCAGUAUGAUGUGGCUGUAAAGAUGAUCAAGGAGGGCGCCAUGUCAGAAGAUGAAUUCUUUCAGGAGGCCCAGACCAUGAUGAAACUCAGCCAUCCCAAGCUGGUUAAAUUCUAUGGAGUAUGUUCGAAGAAAUACCCCAUCUACAUAGUAACUGAGUAUAUAACCAACGGUUGCUUGCUUAGUUACCUGAAGAGUCAUGGGAAGGGACUGGAAACCUCCCAGCUCUUGGAAAUGUGCUACGAUGUCUGUGAAGGCAUGGCCUUCUUGGAGAGCCACCAGUUCAUACAUCGGGAUUUGGCUGCUCGGAACUGUUUGGUGGACAGUGACCUCUCUGUGAAAGUCUCAGACUUUGGAAUGACAAGAUACGUUCUUGAUGACCAGUAUGUCAGUUCAGUAGGAACCAAGUUUCCAGUCAAGUGGUCGGCCCCAGAGGUGUUUCACUACUUCAAAUACAGCAGCAAGUCAGACGUAUGGGCGUUCGGGAUCCUGAUGUGGGAGGUGUUUAGUCUGGGGAAGCAACCCUAUGACUUAUAUGAUAACUCCGAGGUGGUUGUGAAGGUCUCCCAGGGCCACAGACUCUACCGGCCCCAGCUGGCAUCCGACACCAUCUACCAAAUCAUGUACAGCUGCUGGCAUGAGCUUCCAGAAAAGCGGCCCACAUUUCAGCAGCUCCUAUCUGCCAUCGAACCACUUCGGGAACAAGAUAAACCAUGAAGAGAAACUUUGGAAUACUGAAGGGAAUGAGUAUAAACGUUGACCAACCCUCUCACUCUUUUUUAGGGAAGUAGAAAGGCACAAUGUGAUUUAGCUAGUUAAUAAUGUCUGAUGUGUUGUUUAUCUCUUACAUUAGUUACUAAAAAGGGAGAAAACAAGGUAUUUCCUUGAAAUUUUGAUCGAAUUGUUCAUUUUGCUUGUGCUAUGUUUUAUGUACUACUCCCCAGGUUAUGGUAGACAUCCAUUUCUAGAUUGCAGUUUGGGAAGGGUGUGUCUUGUGUGUAAAG